UUGGAUCAUCUUAGAAAGGAAAGAUUUCCUCAACUAAGAAAGUCCAAACUCAAUCCUAGAGGAGAUGGACCCUUUAGAGUGAUCAGGAGGAUUAAUAACAAUGCAUAUCAACUUGAUCUUCCUCCUGAAUAUGGUGUUCAUGCUACCUUCAAUGUAUCUGAUCUUAAACCUUUUGCAGGAUUUGAUAGUGAAGAUGAAGAUCUUUUGGAUUUGAGGGCAAAUCCUUCUCAAGAGGGAGGGGAUGAUACAAGAAGGUCUAACACCAUAGGACCCAUCACAAGAGGAAUGGCCAAAAAGCUCCAAGAUGAAUAUUCUCCUCAAGGUCAAGUACUAUUUGCUAUCUUUGGAUGGAAAAUUGGAGAACAAGAAGAUAUGCCAAAUCUGCCAAAACAUGGAGAAGGGUAAAAAGGACAUUUCUAUACAAAAGGGGUGUACUUA